GCGGCGGCGCGUAGGAGGCCACUGCGGCGGCGCCCCCUCCCCGUCGUCCCCGCGCCCCGCCGCUCGCCGCCCGCAGCCGGGCGCCGGCGCGCUCGGCUCUUUCCGCCGCCGCCGCCGCCACGCGCUGCCCCGUGCGCUCCGGCACCUUCGGCAAUUUCCGUCGGGCUCUAGCCGCCAUUUUCUCUCCGCUUGUGUGUCUCGCCAGCUGCGUGGCUCGGUUCUUGUGAGCGAAGCUUUGUUCGGUUCGGCAAUGGACGGAAUUGUCACUGAGGUUGCAGUUGGCGUAAAGAGAGGAUCUGACGAACUACUCUCAGGCAGUGUUCUCAGUAGUCCAAACUCUAACAUGACCAGCAUGGUGGUUACAGCCAAUGGUAAUGAUAGUAAAAAAUUCAAAGGAGAAGAUAAAAUGGAUGGUGCUCCUUCUCGUGUACUUCAUAUUCGAAAAUUGCCUGGUGAAGUGACAGAAACUGAAGUUAUUGCUUUAGGCUUACCUUUUGGUAAGGUGACCAACAUCCUUAUGCUGAAAGGAAAAAAUCAGGCAUUUUUGGAACUAGCAACAGAGGAAGCAGCUAUUACCAUGGUUAAUUACUAUUCUGCUGUGACACCUCACCUUCGUAACCAACCGAUUUAUAUCCAGUACUCCAAUCACAAGGAACUAAAAACAGAUAAUACAUUAAACCAACGUGCUCAAGCAGUUCUUCAAGCUGUGACUGCGGUCCAGACAGCAAGUACUCCUCUUAGUGGCACCACAGUUAGUGAGAGUGCAGUGACUCCAGCCCAGAGUCCAGUGCUUAGAAUAAUUAUUGACAAUAUGUAUUAUCCUGUAACACUUGAUGUUCUUCACCAAAUAUUUUCUAAGUUUGGUGCUGUAUUGAAGAUAAUCACAUUUACAAAAAAUAACCAGUUUCAAGCUCUUCUCCAGUAUGGCGAUCCAGUAAACGCUCAACAAGCAAAACUAGCCCUAGAUGGUCAGAAUAUUUAUAAUGCUUGCUGUACUCUAAGGAUUGAUUUUUCCAAACUUGUGAAUUUGAAUGUAAAAUACAACAAUGAUAAAAGUAGGGAUUAUACUCGACCUGAUCUUCCAUCUGGGGAUGGACAGCCUGCAUUGGACCCAGCUAUAGCUGCAGCAUUUGCCAAGGAGACAUCUCUCUUAGGGCUUCCUGUUGCAGCUGUUCCAGGAGCUCUGAGUCCUUUGGCUAUUCCAAAUGCUGCUGCAGCAGCUGCUGCAGCUGCUGCUGGCCGAGUGGGUAUGCCUGGAGUCUCAGCUGGUGGCAAUACAGUCCUGUUGGUUAGCAAUUUAAAUGAAGAGAUGGUUACGCCCCAAAGUCUGUUUACCCUCUUCGGUGUUUAUGGAGAUGUGCAGCGUGUGAAGAUUUUGUACAAUAAGAAAGACAGUGCUCUAAUACAGAUGGCUGAUGGAAACCAGUCACAGCUGGCCAUGAAUCAUCUUAAUGGACAGAAGAUGUAUGGAAAAAUUAUUCGUGUUACUCUGUCUAAACAUCAGACUGUACAACUACCUCGAGAGGGACUUGAUGAUCAAGGGCUAACAAAAGAUUUUGGUAAUUCCCCAUUGCAUCGUUUUAAGAAACCUGGAUCCAAAAAUUUUCAGAAUAUUUUCCCUCCUUCUGCAACCCUUCACCUAUCCAAUAUCCCUCCUUCAGUAGCAGAAGAAGAUCUCCGAACACUGUUUGCUAACACUGGGGGCACUGUGAAAGCAUUUAAGUUUUUUCAAAGAGAUCACAAAAUGGCUCUUCUUCAGAUGGCAACAGUGGAAGAAGCUAUUCAGGCCUUGAUUGAUCUUCAUAAUUAUAACCUUGGUGAAAACCAUCAUCUGAGAGUGUCUUUCUCCAAGUCAACAAUUUAAAAAAGGGGGGAGAUGAAGAUUGAGGGUGAAUCACAUUGUUUGGUGUCAUCACCUAUUGACUGUUCAGAAAAGUGGGGACCAGAGUUUGAUUUUGUUGUUUUUUUUUUUCUUUUCCAUGCUGUUAUCAUUCCUUGGUUAUAAAAUGAAAUGGCGUAUGUAAAGGCAGAGUUACUAACUGCUCUCUUUCAUCUGUUCUGUAGGGAAGCCAUUUUUGUCUGUUUGAAAUUUUAGUUUAAUUUUACUUUCCUUUUUCAACUUAGUUGACAUACGUGCCUUAAAAAGGAAACUAGUGUUGCUGUUGUGCAUUUACUAGAAAAAAGGAAUUGGUUGUCUAGGGCACAUUGUUAAAUGGGAAUUAACAAUAUGUUUAGGCAGGGGUGUGUAAAAAGGUUAAGUUUUUUUUCCCUCCUGCUUGGAACUUAUUUUGAAUUAUCGGCUUGUCAUAUUUCUUUAUUUAAUCAAAUAAGAUACAUGAUAUUGAAAGAAUAAAGCAGCAUUUUUUAUUUUUUCAGUUUUUACUACCUUAGGCUUUAUUGCUUUAAAGAAACAUUGGCCUUUUGUAUCUCACAAUUCUGGUCUAGAUUCAGUUAUGAAUGUAGGCAUUAGUUAAAAUUAACAAGAUGCAGAGUAUUACUUUCUUAAGACAACAAAGUGAUUUCUGUAAGUUUGAGCCCUAUGUGGAAAAGCAUUGUGGAAUCUUAACCUUUUUGUACACACUCUUGUGGGACGUAUCAUAUAAAUGUCAGCACUAAGUAAUGUCUUGUUUGUGGCUGAAUAUUUUUCGUAGAUGUUUUGAAGUUGACAUGACUUAUGUGCAUUUAAAUAUAUAUUGCCAUCCUUAGUUUGUAAUUAAGAUUUGGAAUAUGGUUGUGGAUUUCUGAGCAUGUGCAGACCGGUCUAGCUAGUUCAGGAACUGGUGCAUGUAUUUUUCAAAGAUAAAAGAAAGUGUACUGCGAAAAUAUGCAGGAAGAUUAAUUUUGUGGCAGUUUUCUAAAACUGACAACCAGGUGGGACCAAAGUUUAUGUGCCUUUAGUCUUAAUUUACCUUGCAUUGUAAUAUUCAGUUUUAAUAAAUCUUCAAAAUAUUUUGUAUUUAGGAAUAGAUCUGACUUUAAUAAAAACAUGGCUCAGAAUCUACAGGUCAAAUUAAUUUGAACAGUUCUUGUCAAUCUGAAUUGUUGAUUCUGUUUAAAUGACCAAUACUUUUUUGAAAUUGAUGUACUUAGUUUCAAGAUUCAUAGAUUCUGUUAUCUAUGUAGACAGAAUGGUCAUGUAUAUUUUCUAUUAGUUGAGUUUUUACAUCUUUAGAAAUGUAAAAUUCAGUAUAGUUUGAAAGCGGCACAAUUAAAAAUUAAUUUUCUAACAAAGUUGGGAGGUUUGAUGGUUGUUUAAUUUCCUUUUGUGUGUACUCUGCUUACCUCUGUAGCAUGCUCAAUAAACACUUCUGUAGCUCUGUAUUCACCUUUUCUGUCUUUCUCUGCUGCCUUUUCUCUCUCUUCUUUGUUUUCACUCCACUGUGCUUCUGAAUUCAUGUUUAUUCUCUGCCAGGGUGGGAAAGGAAUAAUAAUAAUACAAUUCUAUGACUUUAUACCAUAAAUAAAUCUAGAUGCUGUGAAAAUA